GUCUUUUCUGAUUGGUAGCACGCAGGAAGCGCUGCUAUCUUCUCGGUUGUCGGUAUAAUGUAGGCUUAAAGAGGCGUCGAGUUCAGUUCAGAGGCAUCUUCCCUGAGGCUGAGUGGAAGUGGCACCGCCCGCGCGUUGGCACCGCCGGCAUGAGAAAGCGGAACGAGUCCGUCACCUUGGAGCAUGAGCGCUUUGCCUCCUCCGUUCCGGCUUCAGCCGCCGCCUCCGCUUCGUCUUCCUCUUCGCUGGAUAAAGGCUUCAGCUUGAGACCGAACCCGCGUUUAGCAGGCAGCGCCCGACCCGCCGGUGACUCUGCUAUGAAGCGGGCACUCGGCAGGAGACAUGGAAUGUGGGUUCGAUUGCGGAAAGUAGUGAUCUGGUUGUUGGGAAUAUACUUAGCGAUUCCGUUUCUAGUUAAAAUUUGUCCAGCUAUUCAGGCAAAGCUUGUCUUCCUAAAUUUUGUAAGAGUGCCUUAUUUCAUUGAUUUGAAAAGACCCCAGGACCAAGGGUUAAACCAUACCUGUAACUUCUAUCUGCAGCCAGAGGAAGAUGUAACUAUUGGAGUUUGGCACACAGUUCCCACAAUUUUAUGGAAAGAUGCUCAAGGGAAGGACCAACUGUGGUAUGAGGAUAUUUUGGGUUCCAAUAACCCUGUAAUCCUUUAUUUGCAUGGAAAUGCAGGGACUAGAGGAGGGGAUCAUCGUGUGGAACUCUACAAGGUUUUAAGUUUUCUUGGUUACCAUGUAGUCACAUUUGAUUAUAGAGGGUGGGGAGACUCUAUAGGCACUCCCUCAGAAAGUGGGAUGACCUAUGAUGCUCUUCAUGUAUUUGACUGGAUAAAAGCAAGAAGUGGAGACAAUCCAGUUUAUAUAUGGGGACACUCCUUGGGCACUGGAGUUUCAACCAAUCUAGUAAGACGUCUUUGUGAAAGAGAAACUCCCCCAGAUGCCUUGAUAUUAGAAUCACCUUUUACAAACAUACGCGAAGAAGCAAAAAGUCACCCCUUUUCAGUGGUAAGUACAAAUUUACAUGCUAAAAUUCUCAUUCUAUUGUUUUUCCUUGACCCUAUCACAUCAAGUGGAAUAAAGUUUGCCAAUGAUGAGAAUGUGAAGCACAUUUCAUGCUCUCUGCUUGUUCUUCAUGCUGAAGAUGAUCCUGUGGUUCCAUUUCAUCUUGGAAAAAAGCUAUACAACAUUGCUGCCCCAUCUCGGAACUUUCGUGAUUACAAAGUACAGUUUGUUCCAUUUCACAAAGAGCUAGGAUACAGGCAUAAAUACAUCUACAAGAGCCCAGAACUACCUCGAAUAUUACGGGAAUUCCUGGGAAAAUCUGCACAUCAUCAUCAUCAUCAUCACUGAAGACUUUAACAUGUUACACUUAAAAAUCAUAACAUCUUUGAAAAAGAGAAAAAAAAGUCUGCUAUUAUUGAAACCCAAGCACCGGAUAUGCCAUUGAUUCUGGCUGCAGUUCUAAAAGAUACCUUGAAAUCUCAAGUUUUGGGACAGUAGAUAUGAAGAAUGAAUGUAAUUGGCUUCUGUGUCUCCCCACCCCUACCCCCAAAGAAUGAGGGAGCAAAAUUUUGGAACAAUUAACUUCAAGCACAAUAAAGACUUUGUAAUCCGCACCCCACCCUGGCUGCCACCCCUGCUUUUUCCCAUAAAUUAUAAACAUUCUCACAAUAUUGUGCCGGAUUGUUACAAGACUAAAGAACUUGCACUCUAAAACAUAGCUGGACUAUAGUUAUCUGCAAAAAUAUAAUUCUUACAACUUUUCAGUGCUAUCUAUUUAUUUUUUUUGAGCUGCAGGUUUCCUUCUAGAAUUUAGUUUGGUAAGGGAUAUUUUUCUUAUGUAGAUUGCAGAAGAUAAUGUGGAUUUUAAAUUAAUUUUAGAAACCAGAGAGACAGGACAUUUUAGAAUGAAUUGAAGGAUGACUCACUUUUUUAAAAAGGUGUCUGUUUAACUAUUAUAAUUUAAUAGUGGUCAAUUUUCCCCUUAUUGCUUUGCUUUCAAUUCUCCCAGACAAGAAAUACACACAAAAUAUAAUUACAAUCCAUCUACAAACAUGCAUCUCCUUUGAAAUUUUGCCUCUACUUUUCAAGCCAUUUUCUUUUGAUGUACAUAUCCCUUAAGUGAAGUACAUCAUAUUAAUUAAAAAUUAUCAUUGGAAGUUGUUCGAAGUAACUUUUCUGUUAACAUACAUCUUUAAGUUUAGACUUGUGGGAAAAUGUGUGUUUUCACUGUGGUAAAUAUGUCUUCCAGGCUCUUCUAAUUAUAGAGAGAAAUAUAAGCACUUUGGGAGUGAAAAAUAAAUUAUGCCAUUUUAAAUAAUUGUGAUUCUUCAGACAUCCCAGCCUAAUCAUUUCCUUCAAAAUGCUCAGGUACACUAGAGGUGAUCAAAAGUUUUUUUUUAAAUACAAGGGAAAGAAAUUAGCCUUUUGAUUAUUAUUUUUUGAUGUGCAUUUUCUUUGGGAAUAAAACUCAUUCUGAAUUCUCAGCAGUUAAAUUUUUCAGUUUCACAUGGAAUGCUGAAAUAUCAGCCAGGUCAACCAAAGGUAUUGAAAGUGACACAUUCUUAUGUUAACAGUACUUCAUCCCUGAUCAUUAAAGUAAUUACUUUCUACUAUAAAAAUGAAGGUUAGUUUUAGUUUGCUAUGUAUAUUAUUAAAACCUGUGAUGUAUGAAAUCUACCUUACUGGCUUUAAAUGUUCCCUUCAGUUAACACAACGUAUGAAUAAAGAUUUUUUUUCUUUUAUUAUAAUAAAAUUAUACUACCUAUACUGAAUUGAGCAGACAAUGUAAUAACUAAUUUUAACAGAUACAGAAUCUGGUUUUCAUGUACUGCUUUUGAGACUGACCAAACCUUAUAUUUUAUGAAAAUCUAGUCCCUUAUCCCAGUUAUGGCUUAAUCAACAGCAACACUGUGCAUUGCUUCUAUUUUGGUUGGAAAGAGAUAACCUGUUCAAGCCUCUGAGUUUUGCAAGGGAGGUUUCUGUUGUCACCAUAUGAUCCUGGAAGCAGACAUGGCUUCUUGACUGAGUUGAAGACGGGCUACAUUUGCAAUGCUACACAUUCCAUACCACUUCUUCCAAAUAAAAUCUGAAGUAUUUCAUGGCUUUAAUAAAUAGAGAUAUGUAUAAUCCUCCCACAUGUACAUAAGUGUUUUGCUUUUUAUAUUUGAUGAAACAAGCCAGAAAUGUCCGUGAACUAUAGUUUGGGUUGAGAAACUAUAGCUAGUAUGUUUCAAACGAGAUGAAUUAUGAAGCCAUUGUUUAAAGAUGAAUUCUAUAUUCUAGCUUGUUAGACACCAUUAACACUGAUUCCCAAUUGGGAUGUUGUAAAAGGCUGUGAUUUACUGAGACUUGUUCAUUUGAUCUCAUGAAGGAGGAACAAAGUGAUUGUUCAUGAGUGCACAACAUUCCAGUGUAACUUUAUUUAUUAACCUGGGACAUGAUCAUCCAAACACUGCCAUGUGAUUACCAAAAUCCAUUUUUUGAGAUUUGAAAAAUCUAUGUGUCUUAUGACAAAAAGUAUAGCAUGGAUGUUCAUUUAGGCCAGUCGUCUUCAACUUGGGAAUCUUCCAUUCAUUAAAUUAACUAAGACUGGAAGAGGCUGCAUAUUAGGGAGGAGACUAGAGAAGGUUGAUAUUUUGCUAUUUGCACAUACUUCGUUUUGCUAACCAAAUUCAAUGCAGGCAUGGCAUGGUGAGCAAUUAGAGCAAAUGAAUUAUGAGCCAGUGUGGCUGAUGGGCUUAAGCAUUCAAUAUUAGGCACAAUAGUUUUUUAUUCUAGUUCAGAAAAGUUUUUUAGUCUGAAAGAUAUAGGCAGGUAUUAAUAAUGUCUGUAUAUUUUCUUUGGCAUGUAUCAGACAACUUACAGAUUCAUUCUGCAAACAUUAGCUUGUUCUUUGCAUUAAGACUUCCUGCAAUUAAGUAAUCUAUUAGUUUUGAUUCACAAUAACUUGCAAAUUGUGCCACAUAAAAUGUCAUCUUUUCUCCCCUUCUCAAGUUUAGGAUUAUUGCAUUUAAGAAAGGCAAAAAUGUUGUUUCAGCUCUUUUGAAAAAACCAGGAUAAUGUUCUGUGUAGCACUGCUCCUGCUGUCACUACUUUAGUAUUGAUAAAAGUACAGACUAAUGUGGCAAUGUCAACUCUGCCAGUGCAACAAAAACUAUAUUCCAAAGCAUGCACAGUGCUAUUUGUUCUGACACAUAUGUUUCAAUUGUUUAGGCCAGUAAAAUCCACUGAAAUGGAAAUGUUUAUCUAAAACAGUAUGUAGUUUUAAUAAAAAAUGAUUUUGACUUCU